GUAAAGAAAUUUGUGCACGACAUUUGAGAGACAUUUUUGUGGGUAUGGAACAUUUCUGAGAUCUUUUAUAUCAGCUCAUAAAACAUGGAACCAACACUUUACAUGUUGCAUUCAUAUUUUUGUUCAGUGUAGUGUUAGUCAUCAUUCUAGAAUUUAGCAACAUCACAAAAUGUUGCAAGACUGCGGCACGGUAAAUAUUGGGUACAUUACGGUAAUCAUACAGCCAACCACGCAGACAGAAGCUGUCAAUCUGCCCUUCUAAAAAUGGCGCUGUUCUGUGCGGCGGUGUGCCGCCGUUUCUCUGUGGAUUUGUACGGAAUCAGAACUAAUGGGGUUACAGUUAUACACUCCUCUUUCACGGCCACCUCUGGAGCAAGACUGCCCCUGUACAGACACUACUCAUCCCCCAAAUCCAGGCUAGGGAUCGGGAUGCAAAUUGUGUCAAGGCUGCAAGGGGCCAAUGCCAAAUAUGAACUCUUCCUCCAAAGAUAUUUCCCUCGCUUUUAUGUUCUCUAUCACACUUUUACGAAAGGUAUUCAACUCCUUUUCCAAGAUGCCAAAGAGGUGACGGUGAUAAGAACAGGGAUGCUCACCAACAGUGUUGAAGUCCAGGACUUGCCCUAUCGUGAUAUGGAGAAACUCAGGCAGUUUCGCAAAGACAUGAUCAGAGCCAUUCCACUGCUGUUAAUUUCUAUUCCUCCAUUUGCCAACUACCUGGUUUUUGUCCUAAUGUACCUUUUCCCCCGCCAGCUCCUGAUCCGCCACUUCUGGACUCCCCAGCAGCAGACUGAGUUCCAGGGAGUGAACCAUUCCCACAGGGCCCAGCACCACUGGGCUGUGCUGAAGGGGCUUGAGAGUGCAGGUUCACUUGUCAAAGAUGGCCGCCUAAAGAUCAGCCUACUAGACCUCUGCAACAAGGUGCAAAGUGGGGUACACCCUAACAUAUCUGACAUCCAGGCGAUUCAAGGCUUGUUUUCUGGAGCUCCCCUGAGUAUCAAGAGAAUAAACGCAAAUCAGAUGAGGCAACUCUGUCCCCUGUUCUUCCUGACUCCCCGCCUCCCAACUCCCAUGAUUGGCACUCGACUGAACAGCCACGCCAUAGAGCUGUUACAGCUGGACCGUGCUCUCAGCAGACAUGGCCUGCACCAGUUGGAUGACUCUGAGCUGAGACAGGCCUGCUAUGUCAGGGGGCUUGAUUCUGGCAGUCUCAGCAUCAACCAGUGUCAGGAAUGGCUUUCACAGUGGCUCCAGUUCUCCUCUCACCUGAAAGAGUCAGAGGUGUCUCUGCUUGUGCACAGUAUGGUCUUGCUCUCUGCCAACUACCCAAAGCCUUCUCACCAUUGACAGGAAGGAACAAGGAGUGAUCGGCCACUUCCAUUAAUUCAGCCAUCUCUCAACAUGCUGAGCAGGGUAACUUUUCCAUAGGGUGCCAAUAUCUGCAAUCUACAAACGGAAGAAAUGCCAAGCUUUACAAACUCACUUUUAGAAGGACAAAGUUACUUAAUGCAGUAGAUUUGUGGUGAAGAAAAUGUGAUUACAUAGCAACUGUUGCAAUAUCUUGAACUGGUCAAUGUUGUCACGAGAUACACCAGGUGUAAAUGGUACAGGGAAACGCUUACUCGCAAUCUCUGCUCAAGUGCAGUACUCAGCCUUGAAUGUCGUUUUGUUUACUUGUGAAGCUGAUGAUUUCACAUAAGAUGUGGAGCAUAGCUGGGGGGGGUCAAUGUUCAGCUAACCAUAUUAAUACAGGUUACAUUUGGAAAAAUAAUUGUCUGCAGACAUUCCAACCCACACCUACAUAGCAUAUGGUGUCGUUUUACUGGGGGGGGAGCAACUUUGAAUCGAGUAGAUGGAAUGUUACAUGCAGUAAGGCGAUACUGAAUCUCAAGACACGGGGGAAUGCCAUUCAGCAGGUGAUUUAGUCAUGCGGUCCUGGGGAUUGAACCCACUAUGCUGUUUUUACCAGUGCUGUUUUUUAAACCUGGAAAUGCCUUGUUGCCUUAAAUGGGAUCGAUAGUCCGUGGUUUUGAAGUGGCCAUAAGAUUGUCAUACUAAAUAUGCCAACUAAUGUUCUUACUCUACUUGUUUAACCCCUUUCAAUUGUCUUGAAAUCAUUUCUGGUGUAUUAAGGUGAUUGGUGUCAAAUAAAAUGUACUCUGAAAUGCUUGUUAAUGUAGAGAAAUGCCAUUUACAGUAAGAAGAAACUAGUUAAAUCUGCGCAUUGUCACCAAUUAUUUACAUCAGCCUUGUCCAUAGAUUCAGUCAACUGUUCUGCUUAGUGAGACACCACAGCAGAUGUUCCACUAGGACAGAAGGCAUCAAUCAACACUACAUUGAAAAGGUAUUGACUGAAACCUGUAAUAAAAAUUCUUAAAUUGGGGAACCACGAAUGACAGAUUAAAUAGCUUUUAUUGAAAAUAUAUUCUAGAGUAGAAUAUGUUCAUAAGAUCAAAAGUUAACAUUUCACUUUCAAAAACAAGUGCAAAUGGCAAUUUGAGAAUGCUGCCCUAUUUAAAUAAAAAUAUACUUUU